GAUGCAGUGACCUAUGGUGAUGUGCUCAUCAAAUUCACUCAAGAACAAUGGGCUUUGCUGAAUAAUUCCCAGAAAAAUCUCUACAAAGAUGUGAUGCUUGACACCUACAAGAACCUCUCUGACAUAGGCUACAACUGGGAAGGGCAUAAUAUUGAAGAACUUUGUCAAAGUUCAAGAAGACAUAGAAGGUAA